GCAUACGUCGGAGUAAACAUGUAUUGGAUUGCAGCCUUAGCCUACAAAAUAUAAUAAAACUAACAUCAUACUGGAGGCGCAGUGAAAGGUAUACAAAUUAAAAGCUCUGAACGGGACUUGUGAAGAGAUCAUCACCACAUGUCAGUCCACUUCAUGCAUGCCAGAUCUUUAUUUAUGCAGACACACAGAGAGUGAAUGAGUCCUAUUGACCGUUCGUGAAUACAAGCGCUUGAAAUCAAGGGCUGAUCACAUCUCCCUGUGGAUGAACCCUUUCCAGUUCUCACGUUUCAAAGGUCAAGGACUGGACCGCCCGACCUCUUCUCGGACCAGUAGGGGACGAGCCAGAGCCUGUCUUCGUGCGGCCUCUUCCUCUGCAGACAGAGAAGUCGAAGUAGGAAAAAAUGGGGAAACGAGUAGCCUUGAUCUUGGCUGGCUGCGGCGUGUUCGAUGGCAGCGAGAUUCAUGAGGCCUCGGCGGUCCUGGUGCAUCUUAGCCGGGCUGGAGCAGGGGUAAAGAUAUUUGCACCAAAUAUUGAACAGAUGCAUGUUGUAGAUCAUUUAAAGGGUAGUCCAAGUGAAGGAAAGAGAAAUGUUUUAGUUGAAAGUGCCAGACUUGCAAGAGGGAACAUUCAGGAUCUGGCUGAGUUGAAAGUUGGUGAAUUUGAUGCAGUUAUUUUCCCAGGGGGCUUUGGUGUAGCUAAGAACCUGUGUUCCUGGGCUGUGGAAGGAAAGAACUGCACUGUCAAUGACCUUGUGAAGUCCACCCUUGAGGCUUUCCACAAUGCAAAGAAACCCAUUGGCUUGUGCUGUAUCUCCCCUGUGCUGGCCGCGAAGGUCUUCCCAGGCUGUGAAGUCACCGUUGGCUACAGUAAAAAUGUAGACGGAAGGUUUCCUGAUGCUGAAACAGCAGCUGCUAUAGAAGAACUUGGAUGCAAACACAUUUGCAAAGAUGUGAAUGAAGCCCACAUAGAUUCUGCUAACAAAAUAGUCACCACUUGUGCAUUCAUGUGCAAGGCCCCUUUGCAUCAAAUUUUUGAUGGGAUUGGAACAAUGGUUGCUGAAGUCCUGAAACUUGCAUGAAGGGAAGGCGGCCUAAUGUAGCAGUUGGUGGUGGCUGGUAAACGUGUUAACAAAUGACACUUUGCAUAAUUGAUUACAUUAAUAAAAUUAUUCAGCUACUGAGA